AUGCCAGGGUUUCCAUCAGAUUUAAAUUUAUAUAGGACUCAGAUGAAAAAUGUGACUGAGGCAACCAUGUUUAUUUUGAUGGGCUUCACAGAUGAUUUUGAGAUGCAGGUCUUCCUAUUUUUACUAUUUCUAGCAAUCUAUCUUUUUACUCUGAUAGGAAACUUGGGACUGGUUAUAUUGGUCAUGGGGGAAUCUCGGCUCCACAACCCCAUGUAUUAUUUGAGCGUUUUAUCAUUCCUGGAUGCCUGCUAUUCUUCAGUUGUCACCCCAAAAAUGUUGGUCAAUUUCCUAGCAGAGGAUAAACCCAUUUCCUAUCUCGGAUGUGCAGCACAGAUGCUUCUCUUCGUUACUUUUGGAACCACAGAAUGCUUUCUCUUGGCUGCCAUGGCUUAUGACCGCUAUGUAGCAAUCUACAACCCUCUCCUGUAUUCCGUGAGCAUGUCACCCAGGGUCUAUGUGCCACUCAUCGUUGCUUCCUAUGUUGGUGGCAUUUUGCAUGCUUCUGUACACACAGUGGCCACGUUCAGCCUAUCCUUCUGUGCAUCCAAUGAAAUUAGACAUGUCUUUUGUGACAUCCCUCCACUACUUGCCAUUUCGUGUUCUGACACCCACACAAACCAGCUGCUGCUCUUCUACUUCGUGGGCUCUAUUGAGAUAGUCACUAUCCUCAUUGUUCUGAUCUCUUAUGGUUUCAUUCUCUUGGCCAUUCUGAACAUCCAUUCUGCCGAGGGGAGGUGGAAAGUCUUUUCUACAUGUGGUUCUCACCUAACUGGAGUGUCAAUUUAUCAUGGAACCAUCCUUUUCAUGUAUGUCAGACCAAGUUCCAGCUAUGCCCUGGACCAUGAUAUGAUAGUGUCAAUAUUUUACACGAUUGUGAUUCCCAUGCUGAAUCCCAUCAUCUACAGUUUAAGGAACAAAGAUGUAAAAGCGGCAAUGAAGAAAUUGUUUGGUAAAAAUUGGUGUAUCAAUAAAGUACACUUUUCACAUUGA